AACAACCGAUCAUUAUUCGCUAACAGUAUGUUAUUAACCAUUUGUGACUUGGUACUCCAAUAAGGAGUUUUAAGCUUCCGCUAAACUACUCACAUUCUCCUUAGUGAUUAACGGUUUCACCAUUAACAAUCGGUUACCAAUGUGGUUAACAUUUAAACUGUUAACGACACAACAUUUAUCACCCUAUUUUAUAUACCUCUCCCCAUCACAUUUACAUGCAUCAAGGUAGUUUCUUGUCGGCACAGACUAGAUUUGUAUUUUAGGCAAUCAAUCGAUUAAAAAAAUAAAACUCUUAUAUGAUUUAAUCUUGAAUCAAAUAUCAUAAUGACUACAAAUCAUCCAACUCAUAUCUUGAACUAGAUGAAGUUUAAUUCGUACUUCAACAACAAAUCGAUAUAUAUAUUAAAAUACUUGUUUGAUGAGUUUCACUUGCAUUUCUCUAACAAGUGAGAGGGGACAUGUACCAAUAAACAAAAAAGGAAAAGAUGAAGAAACAAAGAAAGAGGGGUGAAGAAUGGAUGGAUUAAAUUAGGAAUUGGUGAUUAUACUUUUGACUUUGCGGUAAGAGUGUAUAGUAAUAAUACUAUUAUUGGUUUACCAAAAUAGUAAAUCAUGAGCGGGAUUUAGGGAUGUUGAAACAUAUGGGUAAGUUAAGAAGAAUUUUUUUGUGUGUAAGUUAAGAAGAUUAAUUAUAUAAGAAUAGUAUUAAUUAAUUAAGUAAAUUUAUGAAAAAUUAGUAGUCAUUUACGGUUUAGGGCUGUCACCAACGAGGCUCAAGAGUCGAAAGAGGUUGCUCGAGGUCGAUGGAGGCAUUUUGUAGCAAGGACGCGACGAGGGCGUCGCGAGAAUAGGUGGGAGAAUGUCACGUGUGGCGGGUGACAUGGCGAGUGAUGUGGCAGAUCAUGACCAAGUCAAGCACGUGUGGCGUUAUGGAAGACCUAGUAGCAUAGGAUGCUCCUAGGAUUCCCCAUCUUGAAUAUGAGCUUAAUGGUGCACAUAAAGAGCCACAUUAUGAGGUGGUAUAAUGAUUUGCAUUAUGGGGGAAACUUAAUAGGGUGUAGUAAUGGGGAGGGACCAUUAUGAGGGUCAUUGAUGCCUUGUAUGAGGAGAGCCUAUAUAAGGAGCCAUCUCCCUCACUUGUAACUCAUCCAUCAUUUUUGUGAGCAAUACAACUAUAGGGUUUCUCCCAUCUUCUUGUGUCUUCUUCUUGUGAAUUGAGUGAGUUUGAGAGCUUGUGAGAAGGCUGUCUAGCAUCUCUAAUGGAAUUGAGAGCUAGGGCCGCACGACCAAGAGUAAGGCCGUGACAGUUGGUAUCAGAGUCUGGUUCUGAAAGAAGAACCGGUGUCCUCACUCCCCAAGAAGGAAGGUAAGAAAGAGCGAGAACCUCACCAAAGAUGGCUGGAUCAGAAGUCCAUGACGAUGCAGAGAAGCAACGUGGAAGAGAUCCCACUCCGGGCGCAAGGUCAAAAGGUACGUCGAGCACUCGUGAUCCUCUCAAGUCUCUAGAGAGGCGAGUCUCGAGGAUGGAGGUGAAGCUUUCCGAAGAUGUCGCCGUCAUGGAGGAUUUGGGAGCUAACUUCACCCAAAUCCAAGGCGAUGUUCAAAGUGUGGCGGCUAGAGUGAUGAGUUUGGAGGUUGGCAAUGAAGGGCUUCGAGAUGAGCUUAUGGUCCUCAUCAAAGACACCAUCUCCACCGCCAUGAACGAUGCCAUUGAGGUAAUGAAGGAGGUGGUUGCUGCAGAGGUGACCUCCUUGAAGGAGGAGGUUGCGGAGCUCAAAAGCGAGGUGACGCUUGUGAAGAGGGUCAUGGCUAACGGACCUGCCAUUGCACAACCUGCCUCAAACAUGGAGAUUCCAAGACCAAAGAGCUUUCAAGGGUCGAGGAAUGCAAGGGAGUUAGAGAACUUCCUAUGGAGCUUGGAGCAAUACUUCGGAGCUUCGGGUAUUCGAGAUGAGUGUUUGUUCCCAAUCAUGGUUGUCACGCCGGCCGGCGUGCCACCGGUUGUACCGGGUUCAACCGGUACCGGUCAUAAAACUGGCGUGACACCACCGGUAUGACCGGCAUGAUCGAUAUACGAAUCUCUAAGUAAAAUUACCUUAUUUUAGAGAAUUUAAUUGAUAAAAAUUAUUUUAUUAUUUAUUUUAUGAGUAUUAAAGUUAAAUAUUGAUGUUAUUUGUUGGAUUCAAAUAUAAAUGUUUAGGUAUUGACGUUAAAUUUCAUGUUUAAAUAUGAGUAUUUAUAAUUUUAUUUGUAAUAUUGACCGACAUGAACCGGCACAAACCGAUAUGUGCCACCGAUUGAACCAUUCCACUUGCUAAACCGACACACUGGCAUAAAUGGGAACAUAAAAUGGUCAGUGGUCACCACUCACCAACACAAAUCCAUCACCAUUCACCAACUUCUUCCUCUUUGCAUUGUCUACUUUUUCUUUGGACUUUUCUUUUUUGCAAAUUAGUGAUUGUGACAAUAAGCCUAUUAGGUUCAUUAAGGAAGAAAUAGCCCAUUAAGAAAAUUAAGAUUGUUGAAUGAG